AUGCGAGGACAAGCAAUUCUUGCGGCGGCACUAUCCGGGCUUUUCUUUUCCCGGUCUGUGCUGGCUACUAAUUUCAUCCAAGGAGUCAAUAUUGGGGCCUGGCUUGUGUUGGAAAAGUGGAUGAAUUCUGAGCCUUUUGCAAAUACUAACGCUGAGGACGAAUACUCAUUAUGCAAAACAUUGGGGCCUGAUAAGUGUAAAACGGUACUAGAAGCCCAUUGGGGGGGAUCCUGGUUCAACCAAGCCACUGUCACAGAAUUGGCCAACUCUGGCGUCAAUGCGCUUCGUAUUCCAAUUGGAUACUGGGCUUUUGACAAUAAAGAUACACCAUACGUCCAAGGUUCAGCUGCAUGGAUGGAUAAAGCCAUAGAGUGGGCACGUACUGCCAAGAUGAAGGUCUGGGUCGAUCUUCACGGUGCUCCAGGUAGCCAGAAUGGAUUUGAUAACUCCGGACAAUCAGGAGAGGUCUCAUGGCAAAAAGGGGAUAACAUCGAGCGAACAAAAGAAGUCUUAAAAAUAAUGGGGAAGAAAUACGGAAGCAAGAAAUAUGCGGACGUUGUUGUUGGAAUCCAACUCAUCAACGAACCAAUCUCAUGGGGAAAUAACAACUUUGAUACGACUUAUCAAUUCGCAGUCGACGACUACUGGGCUGUAAGACAAGCGGCCGAAAACAAGAAGUUGAUGGUCAUCAUGCAUGAUGCAUUUAGAGGGGUAUCCAGUUGGGAAGGCCUUCCUGAAAGAACUUCUGCUGGUGGCCCUGAAAGUGGUCUCCUGGGUAUCGAUACCCAUAUGUAUCAGUGUUUUAUUAAGGAAGACAAGGCCCUUGCCCAGGAAAAACACGUAGAAAAAGCUUGUGGCUGGGCCACUGAGCUUAAGAAAUCCAAAGGGUUCCUGUCUACAUACGUUGGCGAAUGGUCUGCUGCCACAGACAUCUGCACGUAUCCUGACGAUAGCAAACAGUGGAAACAACCCAUGAAGGAUGCCGUUAGACGUUAUAUGGAAGCCCAACUGGAUGCGUUCGAGCACGGUGCCAACGGAUACUUCUUUUGGGCAUUCAAAGGGCCGGGGGCGUGGAGCUGGCUGAAUGGUGUCCAGCAAGGAUGGAUUCCUCAGCCUUUGGAUGAUAGAAAAUUCCCUAACCAAUGCAAAUUUUAG